AUGGGAAUCACUUCAGAGAACCUGGAUGAAUCUAGGAUGAGCUCGUCUCCCUUCCUGAGGGAGAUGAUGAAGGCUGUGUGCGAGGCAGCAGCGAAAGAUAACACCAAGUGUGGAGUGGACAUGGCACUCUUUCAGAAGAGUUUGCCUGUAUUCAAGUACCGCAACUCAGACACUGAGCAACAGCUGCAUGCGCUUCACUCACUUCAGGCACUGAUCGUCACCCUCCAUCAGCCUCCAAACCUCCUCCGGAUUUUCUUUGAUUGUAUGUAUGAAGGGGACGUCAUCUCCGAGGACCCGUUCUACAGCUGGGGGACAAGCAAAGACUCAGCCGAGCAGCUGGGUAAAGGCGUGGCCCUUAAGUCUGUAACGGCAUUCUUCACCUGGCUGCGGGAGGCGGAGCAGGAGUCAGAAAAGAAUUGA